GUGCCAGUUGGUGAAGCUAUGUAUCUUCAUACUGCACGCCGCCAUCUUGGAACUCAGGUAUUCUCACACACCGUGACAGAAGCAAUACAGAGCCGGAGCUUCCAUACAAAAAAGGUUAUCAUGAACAAUUAAAGUGACCUCUUCGGGCAGGAGAAGGGCAUUGCCAAAAGGAGAAAAACAGCAUGGUUGGCGGUAGAGAAUGCCGUCAACAGUGUGGCCCCGCAGAGGAGGACUGUUGAGGGCCUGAAAAAGCGAUGGAAUGACUGCAAGAGGUGGGUCAAAGAAAAGAUGGGGCAGGAAGCUAUGCACCAGAAGGGAACAGGCGGUGGUCCAUCCCUGGAUAUUGAAUAUAACACCUGGCAGGAGAUGAUACGCAGGUCCCUGAGUAUCACAACAGUCCGUGGACUUCCAGGGGCUCGUGACUCAGGGGCUGCAACCAUAGCACAUCAUGCUGAACCUUCUGUCACGAGGAUACAAACAUUCAUGCCACCACCACCACCACCGGUCUUCAGGCAACCGCAAGAACAGUAUGCUCCCAGGCAUGAGCAUGGUUGGAUAGCUUCAGUUGAGGACCCGGGAGUGAUGCCACCACCAUUGCCAUAUGACCCCUGGCAAGAUUCCUGGCCAGAGGAAUAUCCUCCCUUUGGCUUUGAGGGGGAGCCUAGACAACCACAAAGGGUCCAUGUAUUUACCCCCCCACAACACAAUCUCAUGGCAGUCAGGGAUUUUACCCACAGACAAUGUCACAGGAAGUGCCAAUUGGACAGGCUGAGUGGUCACACACUGGUCAUCAGUGGGACUAUCAACCAACCAUGAGAGCUCCAGCAUCCUCAUCAAUUGGACGAGCUCCACCAUUCUCAUCAAUUGGACGAGCUCCAACAUCUGCAGAUAGAAAUAUAACACAAUCUACAGCUGCACCUCAAGCACCAUCAGAUGUAGCUGACCCUGCCCCACAUGAACCAGCAGUUGUAGCUGACCCUGCACCUCAAGCACCAGCAGUUGUAGCUGACCCUGCCCCACAUGAACCAACAGUUGUAGCUGCCCCUGCCCCACAUGAGCCAGCAGUUUUAGCUGACCCUGCACCUCAAGCACAAGCAGAUGCAGGUGACCCUGCCCCACAAGCACCUAGAAGCCCUGCUGCCCAAGAGCCUGUGGAUGCAUUGUAUUCUCCUCUGGGUGAGUAAUACAUUGCACUUCAGAGGAGGCUCAUAACAAGCACCGAGAGCAUACAAAGAGGCCAAGAGAGGUUCUUCAGGAACCAUGAAUGGUUCAUCAGGAGCCAAGAGAGGAUACAACAACAUAGCAUAGAGCUACAGAGGGACAUGGCAGCAUCGUUAAGUGCAAGUGUUUAGAACCAGUCACAGAUGACGAGAAUGGACAAUAGAUGGAGAGAACAAAAUAAACUCUUGUGUGUGUUGGUUGAGCACUUUACACACCAGCAGGACACUGCAUCCAGCCUAUCAUAUGUGGCCAGCACACCAGCAGAAACACCAGAAUCUUCUCAAACCAGGAGAACAAGGAAUUCCACUACAGUCACCUCAGCUCCCUCAUCCAAGAAGCCAAAAAAUAAAUAAAUAUUCUUCACCAUA